CGCGGCGUAGUUGGGCCAAAGCGAGGCGGGUUCUGUCGCUUUUAGAAGCGGGAGGGGGGUCGAACUGGGAGCGCGCCGGAAGUGACCCGGAAAGGCAUGUUCAUUGCUGUUGGGGAGGGCUGUGAGCGUGCCAGAAAGACCCGAUGAGGACAUGGUGAAGGCGAGAGCUUGAGCUGAAUCUGGAGAUACAGUUUCUCUGUGCGAAGCAUAUAGCUACUUGAACGCACUUUUCCUAGUUUUCAAACAUGCUACAUGUGAUGGUAUCAGUCAAGAUCACUGAUUAAGGGUCCAGGGAGAAGUGGAGCCAUGGUGUCAUGGAAAGGGAUAUAUUUUUUACUUGCACUGUUCCUCGGAAGUUUUUUUGGAAGUAUUUUCAUGCUCAGUCCUUUUCUACCUUUGAUGUUUGUUUCCCCUGCCUGGUAUCGCUGGAUCGUGGACCGAAUUGUAGCCACUUGGCUCACACUUCCAGUGGCUUUGCUGGAGAUGGUAUUCGGUGCAAAGGUGGUUAUAACAGGUGAUGGGUUCAUUCCUGGAGAAAGAAGCGUCAUUAUCAUGAACCAUCGGACAAGAAUGGACUGGAUGUUCUUAUGGAAUUGCCUGCUGCGAUACAGCUACCUCAGACUAGAAAAAAUCUGUCUCAAAUCCAGUCUCAAAAGUGUUCCAGGAUUUGGUUGGGCAAUGCAGGUUGCUGCCUUUAUUUUCAUUCAGAGAAAAUGGGAAGAUGACAAGAAUCAUUUUGAAAAGAUGCUGGAUUAUUUCUGUGACAUUCGUGAGCCACUACAACUCCUCAUCUUUCCUGAAGGAACCGAUCUCACAGGCAAUACCAAAGCCCGCAGUCAUGAAUUUGCUGAAAAGAAUGGACUUCGAAAAUAUGAAUAUGUCUUGCAUCCACGAACUACUGGGUUCACCUUUGUGGUUGAACGUCUACGGGAAGGUAAUAACCUUGAUGCUAUCCAUGAUAUCACUGUGGCAUACCCUCAAAACAUUCCUCAAACGGAGAAGCACAUUUUGAAUGGAAACUUCCCAAAGGAGAUUCAUUUUCAUGUCCGCAGAUAUCCAGUACACACUGUGCCCACUUCCAGGGAAGAGCUGCAGGUCUGGUGCCAGAAGCGUUGGGAAGAGAAAGAGGAGAGACUCCGGCAGUUCUACGAAGGUGAAAAGUACUUCGAUGCAACGGGGCGAAGCAUAAUUCCACCAUGUAAAUCUGAACUCAGGGUCCUAGUUGUUAAGUGCAUUUCACUCUUGUACUGGACAGUCUUCACACUUGCUAUGUUUGUACUGCUGUACUUGUACAGCUUUGUGCGAUGGUAUCUUUUGAUCAUGGUCAUCAUUUUUGCCAUGCAACAGAAAAUAUUUGGAGGGCUAGAAUUAAUUGAGCUUGCGUGUCAUCAAUAUGUUAAUAAACAACAAAAUUUGUAUGGUGAGAAGACGGAAUAGAAGGCUGUUUGUGC